AUGCGAUUGUAUCUUUAUCCUCGCGUGAGGCCAAUUGUUAAACGCGUUUUCCUUCAGCGGGUUCUUCCUCAACGAGUUCUUCAUACAAAUAACAAGGAAUGUUUUGUAGAAAACUUGGAAGGAGAGGAUAAAGGAAUUUCUAUUAUAAAUCUAAAUCGUCCAAGUACCAAGAAUGCUUUUUCUAAAAAACUUCUAACAGAAUUUGAGGACGCUGUUGAGAAAUUAAGAAAUGGAACAGAAUCACGUGUCGUUUUGUUAAGAAGCUUGGUAGAUCGAGCAUUCUGUUCGGGUGCAGAUUUGAAG